AUGGAGGUGGCUACGAAGGAGGCGAAGUCGGCUGGUGGCUGGCUGGAGGGGCGCACCAAGUUCAUCCUCCAAUACGCCCUCGAAACAUGGUACGAACCGCUGAAGGAGUACACGCCUCGCACGAUGUUCGUUACGCUGUCGCGACCCCAGCAAGCCGCCCUCUACGCGCUCUGCCUCCAACAGCCCAAGGAGUCGCCCGAAGCACCGACCGAUGAAGACUACGGCGCGCGCCUGGCUGCCACGAUGGCCUGCCUUGCGCCCGAGCAACGCGAGCUCGUGGAGGAGGUGGUGGCCGAGGUGGGCCGGGCCAUUGCCGAAUUCGGCGGCGAAGCCUUCGUCAAGCUCUCCACGCGCAGUCCCAAAGAUGCGGUGACCGGGUGUGUAAACAAGCGCAUGGAGGCGCAUCUCACCCGCGAGAUGGAGCGGAGCGACGGCACGCCCAACGGCGACUCGGUGGCCUUCGUCACGGCCUCGCGCCACGCCUUCCGCGUCACCUCCGGCGAGGAGGCCGUUGACCUGCUGGCGCAGAGCUCGCGCGUGAUGGAGGACCUCAUGAAGUUUCUCGACUUGCCCGAAGACCUGGGGCUGCCCUUCAACGUGAUCGUGCGGGAGUGGUCCGACAUGCGACCAGAGAUGGAGUUCCGGGUCUUUGUAAAGAACAAACAAAUCACCGCCAUCUCCCAAUACUGCUACUACCAGUACUUCCCGGAUCUGCCGGCGGCCAGAGAGAACAUACGACGUCAGAUAUUCGAACUGUGGGCACGCAUCGCACACCUCGUGCCCCAGUUCGGUGAUACGGGAGCAUGUCUGUUCACCUGGCGAGACCCGGACCGUGGCGGCCGCAACACCCGCGGCCCGGCCGCCCUCUUCAUCCUCCCCGCUACGGCGACCAACUUCACCAAUCUCUCCCCCUCUGCCCUGGCCAUCGUGUCCAACAGCAUCACCGAUGAGGAAGUCAACGUGACCUUCUCCUCCGCCGCCAUCGCAAGCCUCGCCGGCGGUGUGUGGGUCCAGGACUUCAACUUCACCUACUCCAACGCGCUCGACGUCGUCGACAGCCACGCCGCGUCGGCCCUCAUCUCGCUCCUGGUCGCCUCGGGCACCAAGCACUGCACGUCGGGCCUGUGUCUGCGCGACGUUCACGAGGCCUGGGCUCGCGGCGCCAUCGAACGCGGAGUUGAGGAGCGCGAGGCAGGCAAUGCGUUCUCGGACACGGCGUCGAACCCCGGCGGCGUGGUGCAGCAGCUGGUGGGCAACCUCGGCUGGGGUCAGUUCACGAUGAAGAAGCGACCCGACAACAGCAGCGCCAUCCUCUUUAAGGCGGCUACGGCGGUGGCGAAGACGGCGUUCAGCGACCUGGUCGCCCGCAAUGCGCGUAACGUGGACGGCCUCAUGCAGAAGAAGAACCUGCAGGGCCUGAUCGACCUGUCCUACGACCUCGACGUCACGCCGCUCCUGGCCAAGCUCCAGAAGUUUGCGCCCACCGAGGCCCUCACCAUCAUCUUCACCCAGGCCUUCAUCCAGUCCUUCCGAUUCGUCAUGCCCGAUGCUACGCUCAACCCGACUGGUGAGGUGCUUGAGGAGCUGGCGUGGAGGUACGAGCGCAUGUCUGUGUUCUACGACCCGGGCUUCAAGAGCACCCGCCAGGCCUUUGUGGGCGAGAACAACUACUACCCGACCAGGUCGGCGUCGCCCUCUCGUUCGCACACGCCAUCCCGCUCGCCAACCAGCUCGCCCACGAGCACUCCCUCGCCCACGACAUCGCCCACGAGCACUCCCUCGCCCUCGCCAUCGACCUCGAGCAUCUCGAGCACCUCUUGA